ACGUGUUUAAGACUCUCAGUUUUAAAAAUCUCCAACAACAAAUCGGUUUGGUGCAGAGAUUUAAUUUGGAGUGCUGAAAUGGGUGGACUUCUAGCAGUAGCUGAAAUAGCUGCGGAAGGUGCAGAAGUAGCAGCAGAGGCAGCAGAAGCAGCAGGAGAGGCAGCAGAAGCAGCAGGAGAGGCAGCAGAAGCAGCAGGAGAAGCUGGAGCGGAAGCGGCAGCGGAGGCGGCAGCGGAAGCGGCAGCAGAGGCGGCAGUAGACGCUGCAGCAGGGGGGGCAGCAGCAGGAUCCUCUAUCAGAAAACUUGCGGAUCUCUUUCUAUUUUCUGCUACUAUUUACGAGGUUUACAAAAUUUCUAAGGAUGCCAUCGCUAAUUCUGAGAAAAAACAAAAACUGGAGAAAAGUCUCCAGGUUUUUCAAAAUCUGAAUAAGAAACUGAUUGAAAUUGGAAAGUGGCUGGAAGAUCACAAGGACGACACUGUAUCACUGGAGGGAAUUGACAUCCCGCUGGAGUCGGGAGUUCUAGGAAAAUUCUUGCCCCCGUUGGCAGCGGCUCUGGGAAACCUGAAAAGACUCUCAACUGAUCUCAGCAAGCAGAACCAGGAGAAAAAAGAAAUCACAGAUGAUCAGAUUGUCACUAUAAACAGGUGUCUGAUUAAAAUCGUGGUCACGUUAGAAUCUCUCACUCAGUACAAAGAAGAGAAACAGGAUAAAAUCAAAGCCCUGGCUUCAUUUCCUCUCAGCAUUAAAGAAGUGAGCGAGUGGAAGGCGGCUCUCGGCGCUGAGGGUUCCUCGGCCGACGCUCGCUCUCUUUUAAAUCUGUCCGUUCACCAGUAUCAGAAAUAAUCUGCAGCCUGUAGUCAGGGUUUGGCAGAAUAUCAUGUCUCCUGGUUCAGAGGCUCCUUGUUUCUACACCCAUUAUAUGUUUUUUUGGUUAUAGCACUCCCUCUAGUGUAUUAUCACCAGUGACACUGGGGUGUUUAAAAACUCCAGCAGCACUGCUGUAUCGGAUCCACUUGUACCAUUAACCCUUGUGUGGUGUUCAUAUUUUUGUUACUCGUUUACUUUGUUAUUUGUAUUUAAUUCAGCAAAAUUAAGCAAUUCUACAUUAAAAUUCUUUACACAUG